AAUCAUGAUAAUAAUGACAAUGAAAUAAUAGAUAAUAAUUAUAAUAACAAAAAAUAAUAAUGGCUAUGUAUAACAGGGCUGGUAGGCCUACGAAUAGUAUUAUAGGGUAAUACGGUAUUAAUAUUUGACAAUCAUUUGCAUAUUCAGCAAUGAUCAAAAUAAGUAUACAUUAACCGUCUUUUGAAUCCUACAUAACUAAUGUUGACAGCCUGAACUGUAGAAACUUGGCAAAACAUUUUCAGGAUUCGUUGAUCUGCCGAUGUAUUCUCUCACAAAAGUUAUGACCUGUUACAAAGUUAGCCUUUCCAUUAAUUUUACAGAAUGGAAUUUGAAACUACCAACACUGUUGUUCCAGCGUUACCUGUGAUUUCAAAAAUACUUCAAGUGGACAAAGAACAAAGGGACAGUGACGCAUUAAAAUUUUUAAACAGUUUAAAACAGAAUUCUAUCGAUAUAAAUGAAAUAGAAAAAGCUCUCACUAAGUGGCAUAACACUCGGGAAAAAUUAAUAAACCAGCUACACGAAAUCACUGACAAGAUAAGAAAAAACAAAAGAAAUACGCAUAUUGCCAGGAUAAUCGGUGCUUCAACAUCGACCGCCGGUGCGGUUAUGUGCAUAACCACAGGGAUUCUUAGUUUUGUCACUCUGGGUGUUGCUACAACUCUUUUCGUUGUUUCAGUAGUUGGAGCUUGCGCUGCAGCUGUCGGUGGAGGGGUAGCUGCUGGAGCUUCUUUUACAGCUAAAGUCUUAUCUGGUCGGGGAUCCAAAGAGGCCAAUACUUUGAUCGAAGAGGACAAUGUAAGGUUCCAAUUUCUGAAAGACGUCCAGCAGCGAUACAUAGACAACCUUAAAAAUUAUAUGAAGUUAACACAAAAGAAUGAUAAGGUCGUUUUAGAGUUCAAAAAGAUUGGGGGCGUAAUCAGUAUUGCGAUAAGGGUUGGAAAUAAUAUCAGCAAGACCAUUAGUAUCGUUAAUGCCGUUCGCACAGUUGUAGCGAUACAACAAAAAAAUAGUGUCUCCUUAUUAAUAGUGGUUGAAAAUGUGUUGAUUUGA